AUGCUUGUAUUGCAUUGUAGUGGAUACGUGCAUGCAUGGAAUCACCCAUCAGAGCAGGGCGCAUCAAUUCAACUACCGAACGCUGCUGGCCCACACAGCCCAGCCAGUGACGUCGUCUUCUUGCACAAGCUUCUGGAGCAGAGCAGGAAGGAGCUGAAGGGGCAGGUGACAGAGGGGCUGGAGAAGAUGGGGUUAGCGAUGCUGCAGACGAAGCAGGACAGUGCGCGGGCUGCUGCUGACGUGGCGGACUGGUGGCGGCGCGAGCAGGGCAGGCUGAAAGCCAUGAGCCAGGACGUCGGGCAGCUGAAAGAGAUUGUCGGGCAGCACGCGAGGAAGCUGGAGGCGCAAGUGCGAGCGGUGCAGGAAGCCUCUGGAAGCAACGAGGAGCAGCAGAGGGACAGCAAGGGUAGUGUCCCCUUGGGUGAGGAGGGGGAUAAGGAGGGCGACGAGGAGGGGGAGGUGGUGCAGCCAGAGCAGUGGCAGAAGGGGCGGCAUGGGGCGUUGAAGCACUUCUGGGUGACGGACGACAGGCCUGCUCUCUGGCAGCAACGGGCCUUUCAACGCCACGGGUCGUUUGGUUUCAUCAAGUUCAGCGCCUAUCGAGUGAAUGCAUCCACGUUGGCAGUGCUGGGCCUGUCGUCCCUCCCCAUGCACCACGGCCGCCGGUUCUCCUCCUGCCGCUGGCAUGCUGCUGCUGCUGCUGCUGCUGGCAAUGGGGGAGUUAGCGGUGGUGGUGGGGGUGUGACUGAAGGCAAGCUGGUGCCGCUGUAUGUGGAGGAGCAUCAUGACUACCUGUACGAGACCGUGGUGCUGCUGUGUGUGCUGGACGCCCCUUCCCAAGUCUCAGGGGGAGUGUUGGAGGCUGAGAUCGAUGGGGAGGUGCUCUUCCCCUACGUGGAGCAGCCGGGGCAGCCCAUGGAGGACCCGUCGUCUUUUCCUGCCAACAUCGUCCUGUGCGGCCGGCCGAUGUUCAAUGUCAUCAGCGCCAGGGCGCUCACCGAGUGGCUGCACUUCCACCGCCUGCUGCUGCCAGUGGACCGUUUUGUCCUUUACGACGUGGGCGCCGUUGCCGGCCACGCUGACGUCAGCAGUGCCGUGCAGCCGUGGGUGCGGGCGGGGGUGGUGGAGGUGGUGAAUUUCGAGGAGUCGACACAGUACGACGUGUGGUCAUACGCUCAGGCCCUCUCCACGCACGACUGUCUGUACGGGAAUCGCCACAACGCCCAGUGGUUGCUGUUUGCUGACCUGGACGAGUUUGUGGAGGUGGUGCCGCCCGCCACGCUGCAGCAGCUGCUACAGAACAACGCCGGCCGGCCCUGGAUCACGUUCGGGUGCACCGUCUUCAACAGCUCCUUCUGCCACCCGGAGGAACCGUGGCAUGGCGGCCCAACCAGGAGAAGGAGGUUGCUACUGGGGGAGGGGGAACAGGGAGGGGCGGAACAAGGAGAGGGGGAACAGGGAGGGCUGUUGAGGCGCCUCAAAAGGCAACCAGAGGAACCGUGGCACGGCGGCACAACCAGGAGAAGUAGGAGGAGGCUGCUGCAGGGAGAGGGGGGACAGGGAGGGGAAGGGGGAGGGGGAGGAGGAGAAGGGGGGGAUUGGGGCUCUGAUGGUGACGUGGCUCCAUCGCGGCCGUUCAUAGUGGAGGGGGUGAAGCUCCAGUGGCCGCACGCCUACUGCAUGAACGCCUCGCUCUACCCCAACCACCUGUGCCUCGACCAGUUCGGCCACCGCAAAUACAUCCUCAACCCGCGCCGCGUCUCCCUCGCCCAGAUCCACGUGAUCAUCGGGGGCGACAUGGACGGCCUGGAUCUGCCGACAGACGUGGCGAGGAUCGCACACUACAGGGGGCUGGCGAAACCCGCGUACCCCAUGUGCGACAUGGGUGCUCCCAGCGCCUGGUGGCGCUACCACGAUGGGGUUGCGCGCAUGGCCCAGGCUGCUCGCUCCUGCCCUGCUCUAGUCUCUCCGGUCCCUGAGGUGAGGCGUGUUCUUAGUGGUGCCACCAAGAGGGCACGUGGCUACCCCAUGUGCGACAUGGGUGCUCCCAGCGCCUGGUGGCGCUACCAUGAUGGGGUAGCAAAGAUGGCCCAGGCUGCUCGUGCCUGCCCUGCUCUUGUCGCUCCGGUCCCUGAGGUGAGGCGUGUUCUUAGUGAUGCCACCAAGAGGCCACGCGGGUACCUCAUGUGCAACAUGGGGGCCCCCAGCCCCUGGUGGCGCUACCGUGAUGGAGUGGCACGCAUGGCCCAGGCUGCUCGCUCCUGCCCUGCAAUGGUCACGCCCAUUCCUGAGAGCGCAUGUGGGCUGGCUGGGUACCCCAUGUGCCACCUGGGCCCUCCCAGCACCUGGUGGAGCUACCACGAUGUUUUCAGCGUGGCAAAGAUGGCCCAGGCUGCUCGCUCCUGCCCUGCUCUUGUUGCUGUGAUCCCUGAGGUGAGACGUGUUUUCAGCCAUGAGCGCACGGGGCACAACUGGGGGCUCACAUCACAGCGCGACCUGGGUGCUCUCAGCACCUGGUGGCGCUACCACAAGGGCGUGGCCCGGAUGGCCCAGGCUGCUCGCUCCUGCCCUGCGAGGUGA